GUCCGUUGAGAGGGCAACAGAAGCCCAGGAGCGCAAGAACAACUGCUGCUACUCGGCUAGGCGGCAGAGUAAGGCAGUCAAUUGGGGAGGCGUUACUACUCGUGGGCAAGCAAAUGGAUCAGCAAGGCCAAACUUCUAGCGAUUCAGACAAUUCCUGCGUUAUAGAGAUGGUUCAGCUGGCCAAUGAUCUGAGAGGUGAAUUACGCGCCCUGCACUCAACCCAGGCGCAGGUCGGCGACAGGCGCCCUCCUUGUCCCGUCAUCAUCGCCAAGGUCCGCGACCAGACGCGUAACGUCGACAACGGCGAGUAUGACCCCGACCACGUCGCCAUCGGCCCGUACAACUACCCUCGGCCCAAGACCCAGAGCAAGAGCCCGCAGCUCGCCAAGGAGCACGACAAGCUGAUGAGCCUGGACAAGGUGGUCACGGCUGCCAAGGCUCUGAGACCCGGCAUGACGGUGGAGGUGGACGUCUACGUUAACGAGCUCAGAUGCCUCGAGAAAUCUGUGAGGGACUGCUACGGCAACGACUUUGAUGACAUGACGAGCGAGCAAUUCGUGCGCAUGCUCCUCCUCGACGGCUGCUACAUACUCUCCCGCCUCGUCGGCCUCCAACUCGGAGCACAACCCAUGGACGAUGCGCUGGGUACUGCAAAUGCAGGCGUCCUGUCAGCAAGCAGGGCCGAGGCGCUGGGGACUGCAAAUGCAGGCGCCCUGUCAGCGGAAAGGGCCGAGGCGCUGGCCGUGGUCCGUGAUGUGUUCUACCUUGCAGAGAACCAGAUACCUUUUUUUGUCCUUGCGAAGAUUGGGGAGCUAACAGGUUUGGACCGCAACGAUCGUGUGAUUGCAGACAUUGCUAAGUAUGCUCUCGAUCUCAUGAGGAUACAGAAGUACGCGGAGGCAGCGCCGGCCGUGGUGCCGACGGAUCCAGGCAAUCUUCUCCAUCUUCUUCAUAUGCACUUGAAGCCUGUGGCACCGUCGGCGUCUUCUGCUGCAACGGUCAGCGGCGCCAAGCGCGUCACCGUGCGCCGGUGGCGCUCAGCGACAGAGUACUACUUCGCCGGGGUGAUGUUCAAGCGUCGAGACAUGAGCGAGGGGGGGCCCACACGGUGCAUCCUCGACGUGAAGCUGAGCAGCAGCAGUGGCACGCUGGAGGUCCCCUGCUUGGACAUCGACGCCGAGACAUGGCGCCUGCUGCGCAACUUGAUGGAGCUGGAGCAGCGGAACCGGGAGACGGUGGGGAGCCACGUCACAGCGUACUGUGUGUUCAUGUCCCAGGUGGCUUGCACCACAAAGGACGUGGAGCUGUUGACGAAGAGAGGCAUCAUCGUGCAUGGCCAUGGCAACAAUGAUGAGGUGGCCAAAUGCUUCGCCGACCUCUGCAAGGGUAUUAUGUUUGACCCUAACGACGCCCAUCACAACUAUCUGCGGGAGACAUGCUGCAAGCUGGAGAAGCGUUUCCUGAGCAACCCGCGGAGGUGGAUGGCGUGGCUGAGGCAGAAGUAUUUCAACAACCCAUGGCUUGCCGUCGGGCUCCUAGCGGCUGUCAUUGGACUAGUUUGUAGUUUCGUUCAGGCGGUCUACUCUGUUUUGAGUUACAAACAGGGAUGAAAUUAGCAAUCUGUACAUCAUGUUCUAUACAGGCUAUGGACUUGGAUAAAACUACUAUUGUGUGUGGUAACAGGUUCACCAGACAGUCAUGCGUGUCAGGGACGUAAUCCUACAGGGGAUUUUUCUUGUUUUUACAUCAUGUUUUGCUAGUAACAGUAAGGAUUGCAAAAUAGAAAUAUCCUAUAUUA